UUUAUGAUUUGGUUCUUUGUUUAGGAGCAGUUGUGAAAAUGGGAGCUUUUUGGUUGGUUUUUAUAGUAAACAUAGUGAUGGUUUCGUUAGUUCAGGGCCAGGGAUCAGGUUUGCAGAAUGGAUUUUAUUCAUCUUCGUGUCCAAAGGCUGGAGCUGUUGUAAGGUCUACUGUUGAAUCACACUUCAACAAAGAUCCUACUAUUGCUGCUGCCUUGCUUAGGCUCCAUUUCCAUGACUGCUUCGUUCAGGGUUGCGAUGGCUCGGUGCUGAUCUCCGGCUCUUCUGCCGAGAGAAGCGCGUUGCCGAACCUUGGAUUACGAGGAUUCGAAGUCAUUGAUGAUGCAAAAGCACUACUGGAAUCUUUAUGCCCUGGAGUCGUCUCGUGUGCUGAUAUAUUAGCAGUGGCAGCUCGGGAUGCCGUCGACUUGAGUGAUGGUCCAAGUUGGGCUGUUCCAACCGGAAGAAGGGAUGGCAGGGUAUCUUCGUCUUCUCAAACCUCAAGUUUACCGUCUCCACUCGAGUCCAUUGCUGUUCAAAGGCAAAAAUUUGCUGCAAAAGGCCUCAACGAUCAUGAUCUUGUAACCUUAGUAGGGGCACAUACCAUAGGACAAACGGAUUGCUUGUUCUUCCGGUACCGCCUAUACAACUUCACAACAACUGGAAGUGCUGAUCCGACGAUUAACCAAUCUUUCUUAACACAACUACAAUCUCUUUGUCCGAGAAACGGUGACGGCUCAAAAAAGGUUGGACUAGAUAUAGGUAGCGAGACGAAGUUUGAUGUGAGCUUCUUCAAAAACGUCCGUGACGGCAAAGGAGUGUUGGAAUCGGACCAGAGGCUUUGGGGAGAUGAUGGCACGCGUAGGGUAGUGGAAAACUAUGCAGAGAACGUAAGAGGAUUGUUGGGGUUAAGGUUUGAUUAUGAGUUCCGUAAAGCGAUGAUAAAGAUGAGUAGCAUUGAGGUGAAAACUGGUUCCGAUGGAGAGAUUAGGAAGACAUGUUCAAAGAUCAAUAAGUGAAUGUAGAUAAAUUGGUUAGCAGUAACAGAACAUAGUAUUAGAAUCUGAAACAAAAAGUAACCGUCGCCUGAGAGAUUCGAACUCUCGCGGGAUGAACCCAUGUACUUAGCAGGCACACGCCUUAACCACUCGGCCAAAGCGACUUGGAUGUCAAAUCUGUCACUCCAAUUUAACUAUUGGUAAUGCAGGAAGUGGAUUUGCCAUGGAAUGUUUCAUGUUUGUUUAAGCUAUUCGUAGUAGAAGUGUUUGUCUGUUCGCCUUACAGCAAAAAAAACUUGGUUUAAGGUUGUCUUUAA